AUGGAGGAGAACAAUCAAUCUCAGAACAUACCCUUAUUAUGCCGCAAGGGAUGUGGAUUUUAUGGCAGUCCUAACUUUGAUGGAUUUUGUUCCAAGUGUCAUCGCAGUAUGCAGGUUCAGGCUGAAAGUGUACAAGCAGUCUCUCGUGUGACUUCUAACUUCGAGGAUAAACUUUCUCCUGAGAGGAGCGUGAAGAUCACGGCCUCUACAGCUGACAAUUUCUCUAAGCGUGAUUCCUCAUUGGUACCUCCUGUGACCAUUAAAAUUUCUGCCGAUUCCAAUCCAGAUCCUUCGCUAGAGAUAAAUGAAGAAUCAAUAACCUCAUCUGCCCAUGAACUGUGCACAGAAGCUGAGGCAUCUGCUGUCGAUCUGCCAGAUUCCUUGAAUGACGAUCUAAAAGCAGACAGUAAACCAGAUUCUCCUGCAUCCACAUCCUCUUCUGGAUCAGCAACGAAAACCAAACCACGCUGCGCUGUAUGUCACAAACGUGUGGGCUUAACAGGUUUCAGUUGUCGCUGUGGUGGUCUUUAUUGUAGCAUUCAUCGUUACUCUGAUGCACACAAUUGUUCCUUUGAUUACCGUGAAUCGGGUCAAGAAGAAAUCCGUCGUUCUAAUCCUCAAAUAGUUUGUCAGAAAGUUCAAAAAAUUUGA